AUGGGUAAUACUAAUAGUCAAAGUGAGGCAAAUGCCAACCACAACCCAGCUAAAUCCUACAAGGGAUUUGAGUAUUCUAACAACAAACUGACUAUUUCCAAGGAUGCGUUUCAGGCUAAAUUCAAUCCAUGCUUUUACGAUUUAUCCAAUCUUCUUUGGAAUUAUUUUAAACAUGAUCAUGUUGAUACUUCCAUGGAUAUUGACCAGUAUCAAAGUAUCAUUGAUUGCCUAUCUUCUUCUCAAGACAAAUUGACGAUAUUUAUCAAAUUAUUUAAAAGUGAUACACUGAAUGAAUCAGAUAUCAAAAUAUUAUUUAAAUGGUUUACAUUGGGAAGAAGUUUACAGUCAGAGACAUGGCAAUUGAUAGUUAAUUCUAUAUUACCUCCGAAUCAAGAUGGUUUAUACAAAUGUGAUGAGUUAAUCACUUCACUGAAACGUAAAUGUCAAGAUAUUUGUACUGAUUUGACAACUAUCCUACUGCAAUACUUAAAUGAUAAUCAUUCCUUUAACCUUUCAGAUUUCAAUCCAUACAAACAAUGUAGUAGUGGCAUCUUAACCAUGGAUCUAUUAUGGCUGUUUUCAACGUGUUUAACUUAUCCGUAUAAACGUAUACCUAAUAAUUGUCUAUUGCAUACAAAACCAUUGGAAUGUGAGCAAUUGUCACAUUUACAUUGUCUGUACAAUAGUACUUCUCAUGGUAUGAGUUUGACAAGGAUAUUGGAAUUAACAUUUGAUUAUACUGGACCAAUUAUUGUAUUACUCAAAGCGAAAGAGUUUCUAUUCUGUUUAUUAUCAGAUCAAGGUUUAAAGGAAUCAUUGAAACCUUUCGGUGGAGGAAAUUCAUUCUUAUAUCAAAUCCAACCAACAUUCACUCGACUUGUCUCUGGCAACUUAGGCACAGAUUCUGGCAUAAUUUAUGCAAACUUCAGUACAAAAACAUCAAAACGUGGCCUACUUGUUGGACAUCAACCGUUGAUUACACCUGUCAUUGAAGUAUCUGAAGAUUUCAAUGAAAUCAAAUAUAAUGCUGGUCUAUCAAUGCGGCUAACUUCAAUUGAAGUUUGGGCAGCUGGUUCAGAUCAUCAUAUAUCAAAGUUAAAAGAUCAAAAACAAUGGGAAUCAAAAGAGGUCAUGAAAGCUAAAGAAAGAAAAUUGAAAAAUGAUUCAUGGCAAGAAUCUGGUGAUCGUUUCUUGCUAGAAUUGGGUGGUCGUAAAGUACAUCACUCGGAUAUGGUGAUAGAACCACCACCAUGAAUAAUAUUUCAUUUCUCCACACACACGCACACACACAAAUGCAUAAUACUAAUCAUUAUGACUGUAAUUAUCAAAAUCCCAAGAAUCUCUUUUGCUAUUUAUUCUUUAACACUAUACUUGUACUCAUUGUAUAAUGUAAAACCUUGAAUCGAAUCACGUGUCCGUUUCUUCUUUUUCUUUUCUUCAAGUUGAACUCUACUCAUCAUUUGCAUACAUACUUUUAUUUCAUUAUUUUAGCCUAAUUUAAACCUUUUGUUAAUUUAUUUCUUGGUUUCACCAAAAAAAAUCAAUGCGACUAUGUGACUUCUGUCUUUUAGUUGGAAGUGAUUUUCUCAGUUUGGCACUUCCUUUUUUCAUCAUGACGAUAUAUGUUUAUAUAAGGUCAAAAGAUUGUAACAAAUAAA